AUGGCUGAAAAGCGAAAACUGUUAGCAGAAAUUGAAAAAUGUUUCAAAAAGAUCGACGAAGGCGUCGAGCUAUUCGAAGAAACAAUGGAAAAAAUGCAUGAAGCAAACAGUGACAAUCAACGCGACAAGUACCAAGAUGAUCUCAAAAAAGAAAUCAAAAAGCUACAAAGGCUCAGAGAUCAGGUCAAAAAUUGGCAGAAUGCUAGCGAAAUCAAGGACAAAGAAAAGUUAAACGCGUACAGAAAACUGAUUGAGCAGCGGAUGGAACAAUUCAAGGAUGUAGAACGAGAAAACAAAACAAAGCCACACAGCAAAUUGGGACUUUCUGCUGAAGAAAAGAUGGAUCCAAAAGAGAAGGAAAAAGCAGAAACAAUGGAUUGGAUCCAGCAUCAAAUCCGAUCGUUAAAUGAAGAAGUUGACCGUUCUGAAAUGCAUAUGGAGUCUCUUGCCACAGCGGACAUUGGUAAAGGAAAACGUGCGAAAAAGGAAGAUUCGAAAUCGAAAAAUGAAAGGGAAAGGAGAACGGAAAUGUUAAGACGUCAUUUGGACCGAAUAAACUUUCACAUAGAGAAGCUAGAGAUUUGUAUGCGAAUGGUCAGUAACGAAAGCCUGGGAGCAAAAAAGGUGCACGAUACUCUGAAAGAACCUAUUGAAGCUUAUGUAGAAAUGAUGAAUGAAGACGAUGCAGAACAUGCAGAAGAUUAUGACCCAGAAGAUGCUUACGAUGAACUCAACUUGGAGAAACUUUGUCAACAAAUCGGAGGAGUUAAUGUGGCAUCUGUCGACGAAGAUCACAAAGAGAAUGGGCAUGAGCUCGGAAUUGAUACAUCGGAAUCGGGAGCUGUUUCUGGAUCACGACAUACAAGCGGAGAAAAUGGUCAGCCACCAAGUCCCGCCGGGCGAAGAGUUGCUCCACUCUCUAUGCCAUCACCUCAUGCUGGAACGCCUGAGCUCAAACGAUUAGCUAGCAAGGAUUCAAAUGUGGACAGACCGAGAACACCACCUGUCACUCCAGCCUCGACAGCGCCACCACCUCCUGGGAUUCCAUAUAACUCUGUGGCAGCAGGACGAUCCACCACUACUCCUGUGCCUUCAACACCUGUAUCUGUUAGUUCUCCGGCUCCAUCUCUUGCCCAACCAGCUGCACCGUCGCCGAUAAUAACAGGAAAAACAGUCCCUGUACCACCACCGACGAAUUCCGUUAAUGAGGAAAAAGAAUGCUCUAAAGUGGAAGUGGAUCCUGUUUCCAAGAUAGCGGAGAAGCUAUCGGAAGACUCUUCUCCGCCAACUUCUCUGGAAAUAACUGAUAAAUCUUCUUCUACUGACUCGGCGCCGUUCUUAUCUUCUGAAGAAAAAGAACAACAGCAAGUGAACAGUGUAAAUGAAGAGGUCCCACAAAAGAAGGAUAGUAUCACUUCAACGACAUCUCGAGGAUCUAUCGCCACAUCUACAACUACAACCGCUGAACCUUCGGAGCCGCCGAAACAAGUUGCUACUACUAUAACAGCAAAGGCGGAAAGUGUGAAUGGAGAGGCAACGAACGUGGCUCGGUCGACGCCACAGCAGCCGCAGCAGCAGUCAACCAUUUCCACCACUACGACGUCUAUGUUGGGUGGAAUGCCAUCUGACGACCCCGCACUGCAAGCUGCACUCAACAUGGCCGCUCCUCAACCGGCUGUCGCCACCGGGCCAAAACGUGCUCAUAUCCCUGCUUGGCUGGGGGCAUCACCUCUCGGACGCACAUCGAUGACACAAGAAUUCGACGGACAGUUGGCUGCGUUGGAGCUGGCUUGCGCGAAAGCUACUUUUCCAUUGGACAGUGAGAAACCAAGAAACUAUUUGUCAAAGAUGUCUUUCCCUGUGCCAAGCUGGUAUGGACAGGCAGCUCCAAAUACAUCCGAUAGUCUUGAAUAUUAUCUUCGUUUGGCUCCCGAUACAUUGUUCUUUAUUUUCUAUUAUAUGGAAGGCACUCGAGCUCAGCUUCUUGCUGCAAAAGCCCUCAAGAAACUAUCUUGGCGCUUCCACACUAAAUAUUUGACGUGGUUCCAACGACACGAGGAGCCAAAACAAAUCACUGACGAUUAUGAGCAGGGAACUUACGUGUAUUUCGAUUUCGAGAAAUGGUCUCAACGCAAAAAGGAGUCGUUCACUUUUGAGUACAAAUUCCUCGAAGACAAGGAAUUUGACUAA